UCUGCAACCAAAUCAGGGUACAAGAUCUGCAACCAAAUCAGGGUACAAGCUCUGCAACCAAAUCAGGUUUCACUUUGGCGAAACAGCGCCCCCUGUUGUAUAUCAACUCGGUUGACAGGACUGUUGGGUCUUGGUGGUUCACGUGACAGUUACUAUGGAGACAUUCUACAUCCAGACCGUGAUCCAGAGUCAGCGAGUAAAAAGAAAAUACCAUGGACUCGGAAUAUUUAAAGCGACAUUUGGGACAAUGUCUCGCCGAGGGACUAGCGGAAGUAGCCGAGCGGCGACCUGCGGACCCCAUCCUAUAUUUAGCCCACUGGCUUUACAAAUACAAAACAAACAAAGAAUACGAGGCAGAGAAAAAAGCCAGUUUGGCUCUCCUGGAGCAGGAGCAGGUAAAAGCCAGAGAAGAGGCGCUGCUGGAGGAGAAGCUAAGGGAGAAGGAGCAACGACUUCAGGAUGCCUUGGAGGACUCAGAAAAAAUGAAGGGUCCAGAUAAAGACACGGAUCACGAGUCUGUUGACAAUCAACUUGAGGAGGCAUCCUUGUCUGAGGUCAAAAAGGAGUGGAAAGAAACACCUGUGGAAAAUCCUGAGGUAGAACCAAGUGGUGAUCAUGUAGAAGUCACAACAGAGGAGGAGCCAAGCAGGAAUCUAGCAGAUGAACAAAACCAGCAGGAGGAGCCAAAUACCAAACAAGAAGACAAAACAACAGAUGAGGGAAGCAUCAAACAAGAAGAAGACCAAACUGAAAAGGAGGAGCUGAGCACCAAUCAAAUAGAGGUGAAAGAAGCUGACCAAGAUGAAGAGAAGAAGAUCCCUGAAGUUGAUGCUGGCAAGUUGAAGUCAGAUCCACAAAGUGAAAGUGUCGAACCAAACCAGGCUUUUCCUGCUGAAGAAGAAGAAGAAACAGAUCGCACGUGAUCAAAUCAGGAAUCGGCCAUUUACAUACUGAGCAAAACUCCCAAAACACAACUGCGGUGUGAUCUUUAUAUACUUGCAUAGUUAUUCUGAAGAGAAACAUUAGUGUUACAUAGUUUUCAUAUUCACACUCAGAUGGUCUCACCAACAGUGACAUCCUGUGCUUUGUGCGACACAUCAGAGCAUGUAUUAAAAAACAGCAAUGUAUAAG